AGCGCCAGCACCCAGUUCGCCUCUCUUCCCACCCGCCUGGAUACCUUGCUAGUAAGGAAGGAAGAAAAAAGCAACCAAUCUUGUUUUCUACGAGCCGACCCCGUUUCUACUCUCUCCUCUUUCUAGCCCGAGGAUCGAAUAUCAUCGUUUCUGACUUAUUCUUUUUUUUAACCAAUACACUUUUCUUCACCACCACCAUACAUCAACAUGCGUGAGGUUGUUAGCGUCCACGUCGGCCAGGCCGGUUGCCAGAUCGCCAAUUCUUGCUGGGAGCUUUACUGUCUCGAGCACGGUAUCCAGCCCGAUGGUUACCUCACUGAGGAGCGCAAGGCUGGUGCCCAGGACCAGGGAUUCAGCACUUUCUUCUCCGAGACUGGCCAGGGCAAGUACGUCCCCCGCGCUAUUUACUGCGAUCUCGAGCCCAACGUCGUCGAUGAGGCCCGUACCGGUACCUACCGUAACCUCUUCCACCCCGAGCUCAUGAUUACUGGCAAGGAGGAUGCCUCCAACAACUACGCCCGUGGUCACUACACUGUUGGCAAGGAGCUCAUUGAGACCGUCCUUGACAAGAUCCGCCGCGUUGCCGACAGCUGCUCUGGUCUCCAGGGCUUCCUUGUUUUCCACUCCUUCGGUGGUGGUACCGGUUCUGGUUUCGGUGCUCUCCUUAUGGAGCGCCUCUCUCUCGACUACGGCAAGAAGAGCAAGUUGGAGUUCUGCGUCUACCCCGCCCCUCAGAACGCCAGCUCCGUUGUUGAGCCUUACAACUCCGUCCUCACCACCCACACCACUCUCGAGCACUCCGACUGCUCUUUCAUGGUCGACAACGAGGCCAUCUACGACAUCUGCCGCCGCAACCUCGGCCUUGAGCGCCCUACCUUUGAGAACCUGAACCGUCUUAUUGCUCAGGUUGUUUCUUCCAUCACUGCCUCUCUCAGAUUCGAUGGUUCUCUCAACGUUGAUCUCAACGAGUUCCAGACCAACUUGGUUCCUUACCCCAGAAUCCACUUCCCUCUCGUUGCCUACGCUCCCGUCAUCUCUGCUGCCAAGGCUGCCCACGAGGCCAACUCUGUUCAAGAAAUGACCAUGUCUUGCUUCGAGCCCAACAACCAGAUGGUGAAGUGUGACCCCCGCACCGGCAAGUACAUGGCCACCUGCUUGUUGUACCGUGGUGACGUUGUCCCCAAUGAUGCCCACGCCGCUGUCGCUACUCUCAAGACCAAGCGUACUGUCCAGUUUGUCGACUGGUGCCCUACUGGUUUCAAGCUUGGUAUCUGCUACCAGGCUCCUGAGAACGUCCCCAACGGCGAUCUCGCCAAGGUCAACCGCGCUGUCUGCAUGUUGUCCAACACCACCGCCAUCUCCGAUGCCUGGACCUCUCUCUCCCGCAAGUUCGAUCUCAUGCACUCCAAGCGUGCUUUCGUCCACUGGUAUGUUGGUGAGGGUAUGGAGGAAGGCGAGUUCUCCGAGGCUCGCGAAGAUCUUGCCGCUCUUGAGCGUGACUACGAGGAGGUUGCUGCCGACUCUAUUGGCGAGGAAGAGUUGGAGGCCGAGUAUUAACCGUCGUUUCCAAUGUGGUGACGAGUUUGGUUGGAGCAGCCAAUUGAAUCCAAUUCUACAAUCAGCUUGUAAUUCUUUAACGGCCCAUGGUCGCAAUAUAUUUUAAUCAAGAAUUUGCCCCUAAUUCAGGGGAUCAAUAUCUUUCUGCUGCG